ACUACCGCAUCCAUGUAAAGGUGUGCGGCACAGUUAAAGGGAAGCUCACUUAACUGAGCUCCACAGCGCGAAAAUCAAGUUCAGUUGCACUCAGUUCGUCGUUGCGUGUGAUACCUGCUACAUUGAGUAAUUAUCUCUCAGUACCUUUAUAAAAAAGCCAACCGACAUAAAAAUGAGCUCUUCGCAGUAUUAUCCAUUCCAAUGCACACCGACCGUCUAUCCGGCGGAUCCGUUCGAUGCCAACGAAGAUGCCGGUACGCUCCGUACCGCGAUGAAGGGUUUCGGUACCGACGAGAAGGCCAUCAUCGAGGUGCUGGCCCGCCGUGGCAUCGUCCAGCGUCUGGAGAUUGCUCAGGCGUUCAAGACCUCGUUCGGCAAGGAUCUGAUCAGCGAUCUGAAGUCGGAGCUGGGCGGCAAGUUUGAGGACGUGAUACUGGCGCUGAUGACCCCGCUGCCCCAGUUCUACGCCAAGGAGCUGCACGAUGCCAUCUCGGGCAUCGGUACGGACGAGGAGGCGAUCAUCGAGAUUCUGUGCACGCUGUCCAACUACGGCAUUCGCACGAUCGCCGAGUUCUACGAGCAGAUGUACAACGUUUCGCUCGAGUCGGAUCUGAAGGGUGAUACCAGCGGUGCAUUCAAGCGGCUGUGCGUAUCGCUCGUGCAGGGUAACCGUGACGAGAACAAUGGCGUCGAUGAGGGUGCAGCGGCGGCCGAUGCGCAGGCCCUGUUCGAGGCCGGCGAGGGCCAGUGGGGUACGGACGAGUCCGUGUUUAACCAGAUUCUGGUGACGCGCUCCUACCAGCAGCUGCGCGCCGUGUUCGACAUCUACGAGAGCCUCGCCGGCCACACGAUCGAGGAUGCGAUCAAGCGCGAAUUCAGCGGUGCUAUCGAGGAGGGCUUCAAGGCCAUCGUUCGUUGCGUCCGUUCGAAGGUUCAGUACUUUGCCAAGCGUCUGCACAACUCGAUGGCUGGCCUGGGCACGAACGAUAAAACGCUGAUCCGCAUCAUCGUCAGCCGCUCGGAGAUCGAUCUCGGCGACAUCAAGGAAGCGUUCCAGGAGAUGUACGGCAAGUCGCUCGAGUCAUGGAUCAAGGGUGACACCUCGGGCGAUUACAAGCGUGCCCUGUUGGCAAUUUCCGGCUACCGGUGAAUGGCGUUAGCGUUGCGCGAGUUAAAAGGGCAAUGCUAAAACUGCAUGCAAACAUCACCUCAAUUUUACUAAAUAACGUACCAAGUGGAAUGAACACAUAGUGUUUGUCAGGAGCUGUCUGACAACGGUUUUUACCUAUCGCCACCAGCCACCAUCGAUUUUACCGAUGGGUGGAUUUUUGAUUUUCUUCUUUCUGCUCACACAAGAAACCGCAAACACGUGAAAAGAGACAGCAGUUGCUUUGUAAUUGUUAGUAAAGAAUAUCGUUUAAAGUAGGCAGUUUGUAUCACACAUCUAUCUUUAGUGGACGCGUAAUCUCGCGAAGGUUAACUCUCUCUCUCUCUCUCUAUUUUUCAUCUCAAACCACCGUUAAUUCCAUUACAUGCAGCUCUUAUCAGCUAUUAUUACAUAUUCCUUUUUAAUUUGUAACACAUACUUAUUACUGCACCGCCAAUAGUGUCCUAUCGUGCGUGCCUUAGUAGUUAAAAUGUGUGCACAUCCGCACACACCUGCCAAAUUGUGUAGCCAAAAUGCUUUGAAAUCAAUUGAUCGUUUCAUAAAAAUGUCAUAGCAUACAUAAAAAAAGUUACUUAAACAGCUGUUUAAUUCGUUUUUAGUUUACGAAAUAGUAUUUCUUUUGUUUCUUUCCAUACGCAAACUCAUUGUUCACUGUGUAGUAGAUUUGUUACGCGCCGCUAUUCCUAUACCCACUGUUGUGUACUGUUGAAUAAAUACUACUAUUAUCUAAAUUUGA